CUUCGCAGAGGACCCCCGUCGAAGACAGGUCAGUUUCUGUGUGGCAGUGUCGACACCGUCAUCUCCGUGCAGGUUGAUCCUUGUCGUAGAGCCUGCGACACAGAAAGAAUUUCCAAGAUGGCGCAAAACAUGCUAUCACGCAUGCGCAGUCUUCCUAUCCGCGGAGUGCUGACUGUGAUUGGUGGGUUCCUGGUGCACAGCACCAUCAGCACCGGGUACAUCUUUGGCAACAUGACCCCCUAUCUGACGUCAUACCUGCGCGCCAGAAGUGAGUCGAAUAACACCCAGUACUCGGAAACUGUCUGGAUCUCCACAGCGAACUAUUUGACCAUGGCAUUUUUUAUGCCCAUAUUGGGCUGGAUAGAACAAAAACUGUCUCCGAGGAUUUCUACGCUGAUAGGUGGACUGAUCUUCAGUUCUGGAAUGCUCCUCACAUACUUCACCAUGCAACAUUCCCUCAUCUUGACGGCCUUGACCUAUGGCGUCAUUAAUGGUGCUGGAAAAAGUAUCGCGUACCCUGGAGCUGUGAAAUGUGCCCUCAAGUGGUUUCCGAACAGAUCUGGUCUAGUAACAGGAAUCAUUAUCUGUGGAAUUGGUUUUGGAACCUUCGUGUUCAACCAAGUCAUCACGGCCUUCAUCAACCCUGACAACUUGUCCCCCGAUGAAACAAUCAAAGAUGAUCUGUACUUCACACAGGGCUCCCUACUGGACAGAGUACCCUACUGCUUUCUGAUGUUAGGCGGGGUCUACACAACUAUCCAGCUCCUCGCCGUCAUCUUUCUCAUAGCCACGCCUACUGUCACGCCUACAGUCACGCCCAAACAGGAAGAAAAUGUGGAGAAGGCAAUAGAGAAGAGUCCUGACUGCGAGAAGAAGCUAGAUGAAAAGUCGAAAGAAGAUCUCGACACAAUAUCCAACACAGACAGUGGUAUCACUGAGGACGACGACGGCAACUACACACCGCGCCAGGUCCUACGGUCGAAGCUAUUCUACUUGCUGUGGGUCAUCUACGGCUGUGUGGUCCUUGGCAUCUUUUUCGUGAUGAACUUCUACAAGACAUUUUCACAGACCUUCAUCAAAGAUGACCAUUUUCUGGCUCUCGCGGGCUCUGUCGGAUCAGCCUUUAAUGCUCUGGGCAGGCCAUUUUGGGGAGCCGUGGGGGACAAGAUAGGCUACAGGGAAUCACUCACCAUUGUCAUCGGCGUGUUCGGAACAGCAGGGGCGACCUUCACCUUGUGUGAAUAUGGCGGGAAAGUGAUGCUGAUGAUUUGGCUGUGUCUAAUCUACGGGACGUUUUCAGGCUUCUACGCCCUCAUGCCCUCACUGACAGUGUCUCUGUAUGGUCAGAAAUACUACAGCGUCAACUACGGCCUGCUCUUCACCUGCCAGAUCGUAGUUCAGCUGACAGGCGCACUUCUGACGUCACAACUGAAAUCCACCAUUGGAUGGCAAGGGAUUCUCUACAUAGGCGCCGGAGGAAUAAUAUUCAGUUUCUGCCUGUGCUGUGGAAUGCUUGUGCAGUACCGAUUGGCCAGGAAGAAGGAAAUGAAGUACAGCAACAAACACGCCGAGAAAUCAUUUGAUACCCGGCUGUAGAAUGUCAAACAGAACUAUAGCCGGAAGGAAAUAUGAGGACUUAGUUUAGCAGUUGUACACUUUUGUGAAUAACAACAUUGAUCACAACGCUUGUGGAACUCUGUUUAACACAUCUACAUUUAGAUGUCGUAUUUUAUAUUGUAAUACGCCCACAUGGAAUAAUUGUGUCUAUAUGAGCUGCCUGUAUGUGUUAAAUUGGCUGUGAAAUGAUUGACAAGUCAUAUGAUUGACAGUGAACAUGAAAUGAAAUAUUGACUGAAAUGUCUAAUAAAGUGUAGA